CAAGUUGCACACGUACUGGAAAGAGUGGCAACAUUCAGUAUUGGUGCCGUUGUUAUUAUGCUGCAACUUAGUUUAACCAUUUUCCUUGCUAUUAUCAAUAUGAUUGUCAAUGCUGUUGUCAGUGGCCGAGAAAGAGUACAGACCGUUACUGCAUCUGCCGCCAAUGCGCCAGCAGCGGCCCGACAAAUGGUCUCGAAUCUUUCCGACAAAGUACACGAUGUUUCACGUGCAUCCACAGAAAAAGUUGGACAACAGGCCGGCAGAUUUCUGGAUCAUGCAAAUAAGAUGGCCGAAUCAGCACUGGGCGUAGCUCCGGAAACAAGCAGUGUUGAGAGGACGCUUGCCGAACGUCUCACAGAUCUUGGAUAUCGCAUUUCGCAGAAUUUGAAAAAUCGCGCUCAUGGCGAUGUCAUCGAUACAGUUUAUGCGGAUAUGCAUGGUAUUAUGGAGCGUUUGAGCAAUUCACUUUCACUGGUGGAUAUGGUACGCCAACAAAAAUCCUGGGCGGCUGGAAAGUUCGGGACGUUGCAGACAUCACUCGCAGAUCUGAAGGAAUCACUGGAAAAAGAAGCUGAUCGGCUGAAAAGCAAUCCAGAAGAAGCACUGAUGAAUUACAUGAGACAGAAUUCAGCACUCUUAUCAUCACAGAUUAACACACUGAGGGAAUCCAGUGGGCAGGUAAAGAACCCAACAAGUUAUUUGAGCUUGAAAGUGGUGCGGUGCAGCAACACUAACAGAAAUGGCAGCUGCUCCCACUCACAAUGACU